GGGAAGUGUAUUACUUCCGGAGCUGCGGGGUCGGAAGUGGGUUUUUUAUUCUGGAGAAAGGCGGAUCCCGAAUAGCUUACUGUGUAAAAGUUUAUUUUACACAUUCAAAACAUUUACAGAGCUUUAUUUGCAGCAGGUGACGGGGUGGUUGCAAAAAAAGUCGUAACUCGCAUCAGGGUCGAGACGCAGACAGGAUCAUCUGAAAGUUGAAAACGCAGCCUCAGUGCUAGCCGAAGCAAGCCGCUGCACAAGCAGGAAAGAUGGGCGACAAGGAGCUGAUGUGGUCCUUAAAAAAUGGAGAUCUUGAUGUGGUGAAAGAUUUUGUAGCCAAGGGUGAAGAUGUGAACAGGACUCUGGAAGGGGGAAGGAAGCCACUUCAUUACGCUGCAGACUGUGGACAGACUGAGAUGGUGGAGUUCCUCCUUUCCAAAGGAGCAGAUAUCAAUGCUCCCGACAAGCAUGGCAUUACUCCCCUCCUCUCAGCCACCUAUGAGGGCCAUGUCACCUGUGUCAAACUCCUUCUCUCCAAGGGUGCGGAUAAAGAAACGAAAGGACCUGAUGGGAUGAAAGCCUUCGAAGCAGCAGAGAGUGCAGAUAUCAAAGCUCUUCUAAAGUGAGCUGGAAAAGGAUGGAUUGAUGGAAAGCUAAAUGAUGAAUACAUUUCCCGUGGCCUCGAGCUACUGCCUGCCUCCUCUUCUCUCACUCUGUUGUCUGUUAUUGCCUCCUCUUCUUUACUGAAUCAUGGAUCCCUUAAGGACCAAACUGAGGGACAGCGAAACACACCCAUGGUGGAAACAAAACAUUUUCUAACAUGCCACAAAUUUUUAAAAAAUGUAUCAUGAUAAUAUUAAUAACCAACCAAUGAGUCACCAACCAAGACCUAAAUUGUACUAAUAAUAAUAAAAACCAGAGCAUUUCAACAUAAGGAAAGUAGUUUGUUAAUAAAAUACUGUUGGGGGGGCAUUUUAAAUAAAAUCACAUCAAUAAAAAAAACAUAAUCAUGUGCAGCCUAAAUACUGAUUUUUGUUUUCUUCAUUGUGGGCCACAUUUUAGACUGUCAUUCUCUGACAUUGCAUUAUGCUUAUAAAAAAGUUUCACUAUUUAAACCUGGCAUCACAUCCAACUUUCCACUGACCACUAAAAUAUGCACAGCCCGACCUUAUCAGAUUGCUAGAUCUGUGACUGACUUAUCAGAAAUCCUCAACCCCUAAAAAGCAGGCUGCUCCACAAAGCAACCCCACAGCUGCUUGUCAGUAGUUUUCCAAAGAAUUUAAAACUUUAGAUCAGUGGUAUUGCUGCUCACAAACACUAAAUUUUAGAAUUCAAAGUGGAAAACUGGUAUGAUAUUAUGAUAUCGUACUUUAUCAGGAAAGUAGCAGCUUUCUAGUGGUUGCAUAUAAUUGCUGCUUAAAUAGCAGUCACUGACAAUAACCGGUACAUACUGAUCUAAAAAUCAAGUGGCUGUUGCUACUCAUUUGUUUGGUGGCCAGUGGGAGAACAAGCCUUCUGUUCACUGAUUUCCAGCAGGAAAAAAAAGAAUCUCCUGGUAACCCUAGGUCCCAUUGCAUGCCCUGCCUCCUUAAUUACUGUGUUCUUAAUCGCUUUGUUGAAUAAAUUGAAUAACUUAGCUUUUACACCUGAAACCAUUCUUUAAAAAAUGAGGAAAUUAAUAAUGAUUGUUUUGUUUGUUUUGCAUAUAAAGUCUAUUUUAUAGCCAUGGAAUUUUGAAAAAUAAAUAUAUAAUGUGACAUCUGUUUAUUGGGCAUAAAGAAAAUGAAGCACUGCAUCUUGAA